AUCCGACGUGGAGGCUCUCCAUUGGUCCGCACACGCGUCCGUCCGUCUUCCUCGCGAGCGAACUUAAAAUCGCAGUCGCACCCCGGCGCCGAUCGCAAGGUCCACCUCCUCCCCUCUCCACUCCUUCUAGAACCUUCUCGACCCCGCCAUGCGCCCCGCGGUCGCCGCCGCCCUCCUCCUCGUCGCCGCCGCCGUCGCGGCCUCGCCGGUUUCCGCCCUCUACUCCGCCGGCUCUCCCGUCCUCCAGUUCAACCCCAACAACUUCAAAUCCAAGGUGCUGAACUCGAAUGGGGUGGUGCUGGUGGAGUUCUUCGCGCCGUGGUGCGGGCACUGCCAGCAGCUGACGCCGAUUUGGGAGAAGGCCGCGGGCGUCCUCAAGGGCGUCGCCACGGUCGCCGCGCUCGACGCCGACGCGCACAAGGAGCUCGCGCAGGAAUAUGGAAUAAGAGGAUUUCCAACUAUUAAGGUGUUUGUUCCUGGAAAGCCUCCAGUAGAUUAUCAAGGAGCAAGAGAUGUAAAGCCAAUUGUUGAAUUUGCUCUUUCACAGGUCAAGGCUCUUCUUAGAGAUCGGUUGAAUGGAAAGACAUCAGCAGGUUCAGGUGGCAAGAAAUCAGGUGGUUCAAGUGAGAAAACUGAACCAAGUGCGUCAAUAGAAUUAAAUUCUCAAAACUUCGAUAAACUUGUCACCAAAAGCAAGGAUCUUUGGAUUGUUGAGUUCUUUGCACCAUGGUGUGGGCACUGCAAGAAAUUGGCACCUGAAUGGAAAAAGGCUGCAAAGAACUUGAAGGGCCAAGUGAAGCUAGGUCAUGUGGAUUGUGAUGCUGAAAAGUCUUUGAUGAGCAAGUACAAGGUAGAAGGCUUUCCUACUAUUUUGGUAUUUGGUGCCGAUAAGGAGAGCCCAUUCCCUUACCAGGGGGCUAGAGUUGCCUCUGCUAUCGAGUCCUUUGCAUUGGAGCAGUUGGAAGCCAAUGCUGCUCCACCUGAAGUUUCUGAGUUGACUGGCCCAGACGCCAUGGAAGAGAAAUGUGCUUCUGCUGCCAUUUGCUUUGUAUCUUUCCUUCCAGAUAUCUUGGAUUCAAAGGCCGAAGGAAGAAACAAGUACCUUGAGCUGCUAUUAUCUGUUGCUGAGAAAUUUAAAAAGAGUCCAUACAGUUUUGUCUGGACAGCUGCUGGGAAGCAAGCUGAUCUUGAGAAGCAAGUUGGAGUUGGUGGUUAUGGCUAUCCAGCGAUGGUUGCUCUCAACGUGAAAAAAGGCGCAUAUGCUCCACUCCGUAGUGCUUUCCAGCUUGAUGAAAUAACUGAGUUUGUGAAGGAAGCAGGGCGCGGUGGGAAGGGUAAUCUUCCUUUGGACGGUACCCCAACGAUAGUCCAAUCUGAACCAUGGGACGGCAAAGAUGGUGAGGUUAUUGAAGAGGACGAAUUCUCCCUUGAGGAGCUGAUGGCCGACAACUCUCCAGUAAAUGACGAGUUGUGAUUCUGAUAAUUCCGGAAAUGAUGUUAGAGUUGAUUAGCCAGACUGUAAAUCUGAGUAACACUAAUGCUUCACUCGUGUCAACUGUACAAUUUGGGCGGGACAAUUUUCAGAAUGCUCCUUUGGUGUUAUUACAGUACAUUUUAGUUGAAGAAAAACAUCGUUUGUGGUCUUUUAGGAGGGAUGCUUUUCUCUGGGAAAUAAAACUACUUCGUAAUCUAGAUAUUUUGCCUCAA